AAUAUACCACGCGUGCGCGUUGGUAUGGAAACGAGAGUGCUAUCUGAAAAGCAAUUGCGGCGUUACGCUUCUCUGAAGACUCCUAAAGAAAAGCGGAGCGUUUUGGCCGAGUAUUUGAACUUGUCUAAUAUCGAUGAAGAUGACGAUCUACGUUCAGCCUGUCUAGUUGACUUCAUUCACGAAAACGUGGACUUCGCAGUUUCGAGCGGCUUCACAUGGAAGGAAUGCAUUGCUUUCAAUACGUUGAUGCAAGAUCUACUGAAAGAGACCGCAGGUCUUCCCAGCUUAGUGGCAGCUACUAGUCACACUAAAGACAAACUUUACCAUCAAAUGUCAUCGUUUAGUUCUCGGACUAUCAAGCUAAUCACUGUAUAUAUCUUCUCAUCAUAUCUCACUCACUUUCGAUUGUUUCAAUUUGUUUUCACUUGUGCACGUGACACAGACCAGAUGACGAGGCAUCUUACGGUCGACUGUCCAACAGACUUCAUGAGCAUGCGCGAUGGCAAGGAAGAGUCUGCAUGGUUGAAGGAACAAGAACUGCAAUCGAUUGAUAAGAAACGCGAACAGAGGCUUAAAACUAUGGAGGUAAAACGAGAGCAAGAGUUGCAGGGAAUCGAAAUAUUGAGACAUAAAUUACUCAAUGAAGUGGAUGUAGGCGUGUCUGACAUACCGGAUGUCACACAGCUGGCUACUCAAGCAGUACAAGACCAAUUGAAUGCAACAUCUCGCAUACUGUAUGGAGAAAUUGAAGACCACGGGUCAAGAAUGAACGUACACAUGGAAACACUGGCAUUGAAGUCUCCAGUGUUUGCACCAGCUUUAGAGUCGACUUUGUCAGUUCCUUUGAUCGGGAAGACACCUUCUGGUGGUACUGUGAGCAUGCCCACCAAAGGAAAAGCAUCACCAAAACCUGCACAAUCAAAAAAGAACGAGAAGAAAAAGAAGGGAAAGAACUGAUUGUUGCUUGCUGUUGUAAGAGACACAGAGGAAGGUUUGUGUCUCGUGUAUUUGUCACAAUAAACAUAAUUCAUUUGUGAUAACGUACAUCGCUGUGUACAGCUGUGGAAAGGUGAAGUGUUGACUAAUGCUGCUUAUGAGCAAAACUAAGGGUAUUUUACAUGUGGGAUUGGGGGUUUUAUUUGGAGGAUUAAGAGUCGCUACACAAGAAAUAUUUUAACUUAUGCC